CUGCCACAAAAUUACCGCUACACAGCCGUCCGCUUGCUUUGAUGCUUCAGCAGGAGUAAAAAAUCGAACAAGACCCAAGUUGAUCGUGAGCGUGGAAAGAAGUACUCUCUUCAAGUGUGCGCCGCCGGAGGUUUUGCGGUGGGUGAAAAAGAGAGUGGAGUGAGGAGGCAGGAGUUGCAGGAGAGUUAAGUGGUGUGGAGAGGAGUGAAGCGAGAAGUGGCCGAGAGGUUGUCGCCGGAUCUAAUCCAAUAAAACAAGAAAAAGUAAAGGUCAGGAGAAAUCAGUAGAACCGGAAGCCUGAGAAUGUCUGGUAAUACUUGCUUCAAGUGCGACCGACCGGGUCAUUAUGCCCGCGAUUGCCAAAACAGUGGCGGCCGACCGUCCGGACCCCGGGAAGUCCGUCGGGACUUCGGAGGCGGUGGCGGUGGUGGCCGUCGCGAGAAAUGCUACAAAUGCAAUCAGAUGGGCCAUUUCGCUCGUGAUUGCAAGGAGGAAUUGGAUCGGUGCUACCGCUGUAACGGCAGCGGCCACAUUGCUCGUGAUUGCAGCCUUUCGCCGGACGAAUCGUGCUGCUACAACUGCAACCAGACUGGUCAUCUGGCGCGCAACUGCCCGGACAAGGGCGACCGGGACAUGAACGUGUCCUGCUACAACUGCAACAAGAGUGGACACAUUUCGCGGAACUGCCCAACUGGGGACAAGAGCUGUUACAGCUGUGGCAAAAUAGGCCAUCUCAGUCGUGACUGUACCGAGAACAAGGGUCGCGAUUAGAAGUCGGGUUAUGCGUCGUCGUGGUGUGCCAAUAGCAGCCAACAACAGCAUCCAAUCAGCAGCAGCGGCAAUACUGGCAUCAACAGCAGUAACAUCAAUAAUAAUAAUAUCCACAGUAAUGUAGCCAUCAGCACUAACAACAACACCGGGAUGAGCCAUCUGAGCCACAUUCACAACAGUAAUAAUAAUAACAACAACAACAUGACACCCAAUUUCUAUCGGAUGCAAUCGUCUGUUUCAUCGCAGCAGGACCAUCCGAAGCAGCAUCUGUUCGGGGCGAUAAGUCCGUUCCAGAAUCAUUUCCAUCAGAGCUACCAACAACCGCAGCAACACCACCUGAAACAGCAACAAUACCAAGGACAGCAGCAACCAUUUUCCUUUUCGGAAAGCUAUUCGGGAACCACCAAGUUGCACAAUGUGACUACCGCCACCUUCCUGCUGCAACAGCACCCGAAGAACUACUACGGAGGUGCGGCUUCUCCGAUCGGAGCUCAUCUGGGGAAUUGUAUCUCUGGUGGUGGAGGUGCCGUCAAUUCCGUCACGGCUGCCGGCAUUAUUGGAGGUGUUACUGCGGCCACUGCUGCUACGACUGCUGCUGCCACCCUUCACGCAAACAAACCACGAUUCAAAUUAUAAUACAAAUGAUUACGAUUAAAUAUUUACUGAAACAAGAUAAAAAAAAAUGAUGGUGAUGCUAUGGCAAGAUAAUGGGGAUCGAAUUCAGAAGUAAGACAUCCGGACAAUGCAGCAGAACACAUUAAAUGGCUUUAGUAAGGCUAUGGAAUCAGUCCUUUAAAAACAAACACAGAAAACAAAAGCUAAAACCAAUUCGAUGACGGAAAGCCAAGUUUCGGAACGAGCGCGCAGCCUAACAAGUAUGCCAGAAAACCAGAAAGUAAACAUUUGAACACUACAAACAUUUUCAUGAAUACCAAACAGACAUUUUGCAAACAAAAAAAACACAUUUAUUCACACCAUUUAAAUAAGCUUUUAGGAGCCAUCUAUUGUUUUUUUUCCUAUUUUCAAAUGCUUAACCGUACGAAACCGAAAACGUUGAAACAAACCUUUAUACAUUACUUUUUUUCGUAUGGCGAGAGUGGAUUGAAAAACAACAAAAAGAAGAUAAUAAACCAGGAAGGAGAGCAACCGUUGAAAGGUUAAUAA